AUGAAGACCUCUGGUAUCCUCGCUGUUGCUGCCGGCGCUGCUCUUGCUGUUGCCCAGCUUGAUCAGAUCCCAACUUGCGCUCUCACCUGCGCUAUCACCUCCCUCUCCGGUACCGGGUGCGCCCAGACUGAUAUCGCCUGCAUUUGCAAGGCCUCGUCUUUCUUGACUGGCAUCCUCUCCUGCAUUGAGGGCACCUGUAACCCAGAGGAAAUCCAAAAGACUCUCGGUGCCGCUCAGGUUCUCUGCGCCAGCGCUGGUGUCACUAUUACCCCUCCCGGUUCCGAGCCAACCACUGCUGCUCCAGAGCCAACCACUGCCGCUCCAGAGCCAGAACCAACUACCACCGAGGAGUUGACCACUGCUCCAGGUCUCAGCACCACUUCUGCCGCAGAGCCAGAGCCAACUUCUACUGAGGAACCAUCAUAUGAGCCUUCUACUGAGGUUCCCGCCCCAACCUAUGGUGCCUCCACCACCAGCGAUGUCGUUACCUUGACCACCACAACCACCAUCUGCCCAAGCAGCACACAUGAGGUUCCAACUUACGUCCCACCACCAGCACAGAACACCACUGUUGCUGUCCCGCCACCAGCCUACACUGGUGCCGCCGGUAACAUUGCUGCUAACGCCGGUACCGUCCUUAUCGGUGCCGCUUUGGCCAUGUUCUUCGCUUAA